AUGAACACUACGGCAGAUAGACUUCUGAUCUCUGAAAGAAUUGAAGAAAUUCAUAAAGCCCUUUCGAAAAUGAUAGCUAUAAAUCAGAUGCCUAUUUCAUUUUGUUCAAGUCCCGGUUUCAAACAUUUCAUGAACGUUGUUGAACCAAAUUAUACGCCAUGUUCUCCACAAAGUGAAUCAUAUAUUACAAUUAUCUGCCACACUAUCGAUAAACAAUGGAUUCCAAAAUCAUUUACAUUGACUACUCAUGAAGUUGACGAGCGACACACAGCUGUGAAUAAAGCACGUCAUUUAGAGAAAUCACUUGUAGAGUGGGAUAUCGAAAAAAAAGCUAUUGCAAUAGUAACAGAUAACGCUGCAAAUGUCAUCAGUGCUGUAUCACAAUUAGAACUAAAUGAUAAUAUGGAAAAAUCUGGAUUAACGUGUGCAGCACAUUCUUUGCGGCUAGCUGUUAAUAAAACUCUUUCGGAUGAUGAAAUUCAAAGUAUUCUAAUGAAGUCAAGUAAAAUUGUUGGUCAUUUUAAACAUUCAUCGAUAGCAAUUAAGGCUUUGGAGAAAAUGCAACAACUUAAUAAACCAAAAUUAACUCUUUUACAAUAUUGCAAAACGAGAUGGAAUUCUAGUUUUUUAAUGUUAGAAAGAUUAUAUUUAAAUAGAACACCUAUCAUGAAUGUUCUCUCAGAUCGUACCAUUACAGUAUCCAGUAUUGCUCGAAAAUUAGAAAUGUUAGAAUCUGAAUGGUCAGUUUCAAUAAUUAUUAGUACUUCUGAAACCAUUGCAAGCUCUUACUACAUUUUUUAUUCCGGAGAAUUAGAAUCUUUUGUUUCAAUGGUACGACCUUUAAUACAUACGAUUUUAACUUCCCAUUAUGAACAUGCUGUUUAA